CGCGAUACAGCGAGGAGAAAGAUAGGAAGGAACGGCGGCGAGCGCGGAAGUGUGCCGGCCGUCGAGCUGCUUACCAAAAGGGGUGCGAAAAAGCGGGCAAGCUGCGCCGGAAGGGGGUAGCCCGGGCUUCUCGCGAAGGCCUCAAAAUUUCGGACGCGACGGCGGCCCUGGACCUACGUGCCCAGACACAAGCCCAACCCGAAUUUGGCUUGGAUCAUCACCAGCAACAGCAUCACCAUCAGCAGCAGCAGCAACAGCAACAACAACAGCAGCAGCAGCAGCAACAGCAUCAGCAACCGCAGCAGCAACAUCAGCAGCAGCAGGGCCAAAAUCCAGAGUCGCGUCCACACCUUCACCUUCAGCAGCAUCAUCAUCAGCAUCACCCCGGGAAUCAUCUCCACUCUGGCGAUUCGGGGGGUGGGAUAGGAGGUGGAGGAGGUGGCGGUGGAGCCGGUGGAGGUGGCGGUGGCGGUGGCGGUGGCGGUGGCGGAAGUGGCAGCGGUGGAAGUGGCGGUGGUGUUGCUGGUGUUGCUGGAGGAGGAACGACCGGUUCCGAGACGGACAGACCGGUUAGGAUCCACGACGAAGACGACGAGGACAUCACCGAGAGGGAAGACGAGGAGGAAGAGGAAGAUCCUUGCAGCACGCCGGAACCGGACCUCGAAAACGAGCCGGAACCCAUGGAGGUCCAAACGUCGGCCGUCACCGCGGCGGCCGCGAACCUUCACGCGCUGCGACAACAUGUCUUCAAGAUGUCCGACUACUGGCAACAGCCGCAACGAGGGCCGCCCCAGCAUUCGCCGGGGAUACAGCACAGCCCUAUCUCGAACUCGACGCAACACCAGCAGCACCAGCAGCAAGUGCAGCAGAUGCACAGUCCGCUCGGUCAACAGCAGCAGCAACAACAACAACAGCAGCAGCAGCAGCAACAGCAGACGAGCGUGUCGCAGGUACAACAGACCGCUAACACUGGAUUAGGCCAAACGCCUAGUCCGCAGCAACAAAUGCAGCAGCAACAACAGCACGCGAUGUCCAUGAGCCAACAAACGCCUCAGGGAUCGCAGCAUCAGUCUUCUCCGGCACCGACCACGCCGUCACCACAGGCGGAUCAUCAGAAUGCCAUCGCGUCCAGCAUGGCUCAGAGUCUACACAAUUUGGCGCAGGUACAGCAGUCUAUGUCCCAGGCGUCGAGUCCGUCGCUGGCCGUCCAAGCGGUCCAAGCGGCUCAGGCCCUCAACCAGAACUUGGGACAGGCCUUGACUCAGGCGCUCACGCAGAACAUGCAGCAGAACCUAGGACAGACGUUGCAGCACAAUCUCGCGCAAAGUUUAACGCCGAGCCUGUCGCCGCAGCAACAACAGCAGCUGUUAAAUCAACCGCAGAACCUCAGCCAAGCCAACCAGAAUCUCCAACAGAACAUCCAAAGUCAAGCGCAGAACCUGUCGCAAACGCUGCAGCAACAGGCGCAAAAUCUCUCCCAGAACCUCGGGCAGAGUCUCAGCCAGCAGGCGCUGCAACAACAGGCGCAGAAUCUGUCGCAGAACCUGUCGCAGAAUCUUCAACAACAGGCGCAAAACCUGUCGCAGAAUCUGCAACAACAGGCGCUGAACAUGGCGGGCAGCAUCGCUCAGAACGGCGGUCUCGCCGGGAUGAACAUGUCAACGAACCAGCAGCAGAACUCCCAGAACUCGAUGCUGAGCCCAGGCGCGACCAGCCAGGACUCUCACGACACCAGCCUCACGGAGAAACUCGUCAACGAGUUGCAGUCUCGUGCCUCUGCGGCGGGACUUGGUGGUGCGGGAGGUGCCGGCGGAGGCGGAGGAAUGGGCAACAUCAGCGAGCGCACCCUCGAGGAAUGCUGGUCCACCCUGCAACGAUUCUUCUCGCAGAUCUUCAUGCACAAGAGCGCGAUGCAGAUGCACGCGAGGGAGCUGGGCGCGGCGGGUGCACUGACGGGUCGGCCAGGCGGCGGCGUGGCAGGCGGACUGGCGGGUCUUGGUCCGAUCGGCGUCGGUCCGGGUGGCAUGAUCGCAGGAAACGAGGUAAAGCCGCACCAGUGCCAGCAAUGCCUCAAGUCAUUCUCCAGCAACCACCAGCUCGUACAGCACAUCAGGGUCCACACCGGGGAGAAACCGUACAAAUGCAGCUAUUGCGACCGCAGGUUCAAGCAGCUCAGCCAUGUACAACAACAUACCCGCCUGCAUACGGGCGAACGACCGUACAAGUGCCAUCUACCGGACUGCGGGCGGGCGUUCAUUCAGCUAUCGAAUUUGCAGCAGCACCUUCGGAAUCACGACGCCCAGGUGGAACGGGCGAAGAAUCGGCCGUUCCAUUGCAACAUCUGCGGCAAAGGCUUCGCCACAGAAUCCAGCCUUCGUACCCACACGUCGAAGGUCAGUCAUUGUUCCAAGUCCCCAUGGCAACGAUUAAAGGAGUUGCAACAGCGUGUUGUGUUCCAGCAACACGCCGCCCUGAUCGGCGGCCCGAACGCAACCAGCUGUCCCGUCUGCCACAAACUCUUCCUCGGCGGUGAGGCUCUCAUGGAGCACAUGAAGCACACCCACAAGGACCCGAAUGCCUCCGGCGUUGCCAUUCCCUCCGCUGACUGCACAACCUCCGUUGCCGGGGUUUACCUAGCGAAGCGACGGACCGCCAACCACCCGUGUCCAGUGUGCGGAAAACACUACGUCAACGAGGGUAGUCUUAGGAAGCACCUGGCCUGUCAUCCUGAGACCAGUCAGCUUAGCACAAGCCUCAGGAUGUGGCCGUGCUCGGUGUGCCAAGCCGUCUUCACUCAUGAGAGCGGUUUGUUGAGUCACAUGGAGCAUAUGAGAAUGGACCCGAAACAUCAGUUUGCUGCACAGUACGUUUUGAGCCGCGCGGCCGCCGAGAGGCGGGAGAGAGAAAUCCUCGCGUCUUCGAGUCUAGGUACGGGAUUGGGUGUGUUGGGAAGCCAAACAGGCGGACCUCAAAAUUUGCAACAACCACCGAUGUGUCCUUCCCCGUCGGCCCACUCGGACAGCAGCAGUGGCAACGGAAGACUAUCCUCGGCCGGUAGUGAACCUGACUUCUGCGCAGGUACCGGUCUGCUGAACAACAACAACAACAACAACAACAACAACAUGGCGUCGCCGGGGCCCAGUGGUAAUAAGCUCAGCGAGAUGCUCCGAGCGGGAAGUCAGCCUGGCUCCGCGCAACAGUACCACGACGAGAUGCAGUCGCAACAACAACGCAUGGCAGUGAUGGCCGCCGUGUCAGCGGGUUUGCAAAAUUCGGUGUCGCCGAAUCUGUCGCCGGUGGACAUGGCGUCGCUGGCGGCGGCGAUGAGGAUGGGAAACAACGGUGACAUGAGUGGCGGUGGGCAAGGAUCGACAGGGCCGCAGCAACAAGGCGUGCAAGCAACUGGACCAGAACAGACUCUGAGGAUGCACCAAGCGGAAGCUUUGCUGCGUUCUCAGGCAGAAGCCGCGCUCAGAUUGGCUGUAUCGCAGGCAGCAGCAGCAGCGGCGAGUUCCGCGGUCGGCGGAGACGUGAGACAUCAUUUAGGACAGCAUAACGGAGGUAGCACUUCCGGCAUGCCUGGACAUCACACGAAUCAACAGAUGUCCCAGCAGGAUGCCUUACCGCCCGACCUUGGGGAAGCAUUGCGUCUACAAGAGCAGCGAUUAGAACAAGCGCUGAGGCUUCACGGCGAUCCUCGUGCCCUGAGUUUCACUCUCCAGCACGUGGUCAACCAACAGAACAAUCAGCAACCCUGAAAAUUCAGUUACUACUGAGACGAGUGGACCCCUUGGACGUCGGAGCAAACGAGCCUGCAGCAGCAAGCUGAACGCCUCAAUCAGCAAACGCUUCAAACAGCCGACGCUCGUCCAGCGUCGCUCGGCGAUCAGCAGCAGCAAGCUUCGUCUAGCAUUGGUCUUCACCAUCAUCAACAGCAGCAGCAACAGCAGCAGCAGCAGCAGCAGCAGCAACAACAACAACAACAACAACAACAACAACAACAGCAGCAGCAGCAGCAGCAGCUUACCGAAGACCGCGGCGUCAAAAGGAAAGCCGACGACAUGAUCGGUAACUCUGACACCGUGUAAAGAACGACGUACACCAACGACAAACCCCUGAAAGCGUUUGUCGUCUUCUACGUCAGUUCGAACACAGGCGUCCAAGUGUGGUCACCCGCGCAAUCACUAUUGUCUCAGCAGUACAAGUUGCAAUUGUUCAAAAACUCGACGCCUCGGAAGCAUCGUGAAUCCUAUCGUCAGAGACGCGACGACGUUUGGGUCGCAGCGUACUGAUGGAUACUACUGUGAAACUUCUACUCCAUCCCCGAUACAGAGGGAAGGAGACGCAAACGUCAUACGUAUCUAGAAAUCCGUUAGACGGUGCGUGGCGACGGCCGCGGGUGACAAUGGUCUUCUAGCAGCACGACGAUCCGUCGCGCUGAUCACGUUGUUCCUACUUCGGUCCCGCAUUCGGAAUUCCUACAACGACACGGUUCGCCGAAUCGGAUGACCCUCGAUGGCUCUUUUCAACCAGGCUGUCGAGGGUCCUCCGUUAUCGAGCGACGCCCUUUUGCUUCAGUCGAGUCGCUCUUUCAGAAUUCUCGGGACGCGUUGUCACCGUGGCCAGAGUCACCCCUGAAACGUGCCAUAAUAUUAUUGAAAGAACUGCUUAACUGACGCGUCGCCUGACCACCCUGCAAAGGUCGUCCAGGACGACGCGAGGUACUAUGGUUUUUUUUUAGUACAAGAGCCCUACGCACGGACAGGACCUGCGUCGGAUGGUCUCGUACCUAGAACCGCCGGGCCGUUCGAGGCUCAACAAACUAAACUAUAUAUAUGUAUAUACAUAUAUAUAUAUAUAUAUAUAUAUAUAUAUAUAUAUAUAUAUUCCUACAAACCAGUUUAAGGUUUCCGUAAUCUUAGCUCCCGUAACGUUUAAGGCAAACAUACGCGUCUGAGACAUGCGUAAACGCGGUCAGGCGGAUCAGCUAACCGCGCACAGCACCGCGUCCCCCUUCCCAUUUAUCAGACGAACGCGAAACAAAUCAGAAAAAAGACGGACGGUCUGAACGAUCGCUGCAUUAGUGAUACAUGUACACAGAGAGCACAACGAACACGUGACACGUAUUUACAAGAUACACGAACAAAACGCGACACACAAAACACGCACACACCGCACACGAUAUAAACACGUACGGCGAAACUUACUCGUGACGUAAGGAUAUACAUAUAAAAAAAUGCGCGCAACUUGUGCUGGUCGGCAGCACGAAAACUAUUAGCUCGUAAGCGGACAAACAAAAUAUAAUUAUUACAAACAGUUAUAUUAUAUAUAUUAUAUAUACAUACAGAGAGUCUUGGAGUGUAUGACGGAGACAAAAAAAAAACGAAGAAACGGAGUACCGGACCAGAGAAGAGGUACCGGUCUGCCGUGUCCCUCCUAACUGUACACGUUGCACAUUUUCAAGAGAACCGUGAAGAGUGUACGGGAAGCAUUUUUUUCGCGAGCAAACACGCCAGAGACGACGAGGAGGGAGAAAAAAAAUAUGAAGAGGAGACGAUGAAAAAUGACGUUGCAGAAAGAGAGAGAAAUAAAAAACUAAAUGCUAAAUAUUAUAUAUAUUAUAUAUAUAUAAAUAUUAUAAAUAAUAAAUAUAGGGUCUAUGAGACUAGGAUAUAAAUUAGGUGAAAGAGAUAUUCGGUGAGUGCAUGGAGCUGCGUGCCCAGGCAGUUGUACACGAUCCCAGCGUCAACGAGAGAAUGAGAAGAGAACAAGAUGGCGGAAAGCCUGGGAACACGAGAGAGAGAGAGAGAGAGAGAGAGAGAGAGAGAGAGAGAGAGAGAGAACGGAACAUGAAAGAACGAAAUCGAGAGAACGAGAGUACGAGAGUACAGCGCAAGAGAUUUCGCGAAUGAAUGACCUUGGGAUUGUCGCGUACGUGCAAGGGCACGCAGUCAGAGCGAACGUGAAACUGCGCGAAUGAGGAAUGCUUCGUGAGCAUCAAGGAAGGAGAGAAUGCGAGAAUGGAGCGAGCGAGAGAGAUUUUAGAGUGGCGUGCUUCAGGUAAUCUGAGGUCCUGUGAUCGUUAUAAGCGAAAUAUUUUUUUAUUUCCGGGUAUAAUAAUCUGAACGCGUAAAGAUAAUUGCGUCGUUUCGAACUUUUACUUGCAAUAUACCGUUACGUUCUCGCAAUACUUAGAAAGAAGAAUUAAGACGAAGAAGAAGGAGAAGCAGAACAGAGGUGGAUCGAUUAAAGAGCUACGAAGAUGAGGAUGAUGAGGGAGAGAAGAAGAAGAAGGAGAACAUAGAAAGUCUGUAGGUUUCACCCCCAGUUGGAGCAAAUUUUCGAGAUUCGGGCCAGUCCCUGAUCACCCUAAAUGCACCUCAUUGCGAUAAAUCCCCAAUCCCCGAUCCCACCUUCAACCCCUUCCUGGAGAGUCCGUACUUUUCGAUGGCGUUUCGUUCGAAAACGUUCGCCGCGCUCAUCUUCUUGGAACUCGAAUUUUGGCGGGAGAAAUCUAAACAAACGCAAACACGGUGAUUCCAAAACUAAAAACGUAAACGACGAGGCGGUCUAAACUACCGAAGCUAAAGAAAAAAAAAAUGGUCAGCAAAAAUAUCGAAUAUUCACCUACGACGCGUUCGAAUUCUUCGUUUCUUCGACCUGGCAAUCGCGGACUGAAGAGUGCGGAAAUUGAGAAUGGUAGCGUGCCGAAUUUUUCCUUCCCCCUGACAAACACACACAUCGUACAUCGACCGCGUUGUUGUUGUUGUUGUUGUUCCCUUCGGAGAUUCUCGACGAAACUUUUUCGUUCCGCGUGUCCUGGCUCUCGCAAACAUUUCACCCCGUUUCCCGAGCCACUUUUCCGAAUUCCGUCCCGAGCUGAAAUUUCCAUUCCUGAACUUCGCGCAACGAGUGUUUUCAUUUCCCUUCGACUACCAAAUCGGAAAGAUAGAGAGAACGAGAGAAGAGUGAAAAAAGAGAUUCUUAAAUUACAUCCCGACUUCUCCGUUCCUCUUCAGGGGAUCUCUCCCUUCUACCCCUUUGUUCGCCAUAUACGAAAGUAGCCUAACGUCGUCAUCUUCGUUGAACGUAAAAGACACGCGCCGAGAAGCCGCAGAAUAGCCAGGCUUUUUCACCAUCUGGAACGAGAGAAGGAAAGAUUGCUAAAGGAUUCAUCGUCAAAGCUACAUUUAACGAUUGCACUCGUCUCGAGGACCGGAACUCGACGAUCGCUUCGGAAUAAAUUCCGCCGAGGUAAAAACGUUAUUUCCAAAAGUUGAAAAACUAUGACUUAACUUGAAACUAAAACUUAAAUCGAAAUCUAAGAUCGGAAUUAUCGGUAGUGAGUGAACGAAAAUCGUGAAACUUUGGAGAAUCGCGAGACAAAGGCGAAGACUCGAGUUCCAGUCGCUUGCACGCGGGUCGAUCAUUGGUCGUUCUUAUUAUAACAAGUUUUUGCGUUACAGGGCGUUUUUUCCUCGGAUUAAGUAGUAUGUAAAUACACCUUGAUAUCACAAGCAUAAACUGAGAAUUUACUGGUAAACUUAAAUCGAGUACAUAAUGCGAAAUAGGGUUAGUUUCUCUGUAAAUACCUAAAGUUGGACGAGUGCAUACACCUCGUCCAGCAACCAACGAUAAUCGUUUUUAUCGAACCAGUGCUUCUGUUCGUCGUCGGUGCACGCCCGGUCCGUUGGCGAUCGUCCUUAUGCAACUCGUCGCACAUUCGUCUUUCCGUCUCGGAAGUCAUUUAAACACGGGAGGAAACAAUAACGCGAGAUCGUCAACGUCAUCGAGAGCAAAGGGUCUCCUGCAUAAGAGCGUUCUCCAAGUAAUGGGCGUCGCUGAUCGGGAAGUUUUUUUUUCUCGACACUGAUACACGACACACGGUUACACAAACACGCUCACCUACACACACAGCAUUGCGAUGGAUUGUACAGCUACGUUAGGAUAGAUAAGUAAUAAGUCUAAAAAGAACACAAUUCUUCACACACUCGCACCACCGGCACCGACUAGCCUCCAAAUUAGGACAGGGACCAAAAACGAAACGACAAAAAAAAAGAAAGAAAGAAAUAUCACGUUCGGCGAUCACACAAUUUUCCGAGAUUUCGUCUUUCGGGUACUGUCAUACGCGCGACAUUCGGGUAUAUACGUACGAGAACGCGGUAACAGAAUUUUACUUUUGGAACAACGCGUGAAAUUCGUGAUCGUCCAUUUGUUUCGAUAAUGUUGCGGAACGCGAUUAUCGAGCUCGGAGAUUUCAAAUGGAAUAGGAAUACCGAGAGUCAGACGUUACUCGAACGCAUUUGAAAUUCGAUCGGGAGAGAGCUGCGUUGAAUGAAAUAGGGUGAAUGAGCGAGUAACUGUGAUGGUCAGGUUGAUUCGAUAAUACGCGUGCCGCAAGCGCGAAAAUAUUAUAAAAGAAACAUGCAAGCAAAACAGCAGACACAUUGGCAGAAGAAAAUUUGGAAUCUGUUUUUCCAGAGCAAACGAAAGAAGCAAAACAUUGUCAACGGUCCCUCGACAAAACGAGCCUAAAAACGCAUGCGAAAAAGUAAUAAUGUAUCAUACAAAAGAAAAAAAAAAUGAUCAAAAAACAAAAUGGUGCACGAAUGUAGGAGCGGAGAAGAAGAAACGAGAAAGAUUUUUUUUUUAAAGAAAGCAACAACAUCACCACCCACUUUUUACCGUCAGUCACUAUCGCCGUUAUUAGCAACAAAAAUAAAAACUAAAUAAAAAAAAACAAUAAAUUAACAACAACAACAAUACAAUUAAACACAAACUCCAGCACAACGUCGAGAUCAUUCGCGACACGGUCGUGGAACGAUUCCGAGACAACAGCUUUUCACCGGUGCAUCCUGCCGUGCGCCGAGGGUUGCUUUUUUUAGAGGACAGCGACGAACAAAUUGCGGAACGAAGAAGAGAGGAAAAAAAGCGAUCCAGUAAUCGGCCGGCCCGUGCCCCGCGAACGUGUACCAUAAUUAAUAAUAAAAAUGAAAAAAAAAGCGUUAAACGAAACACACAAGCAAACAA